ACUGAACAGGAGGAGCCUCGGUUAGACGUCCUCAUCAACAACGCCGGCAUCUACCAGUGUCCUUACACCAAGACAGAGGACAGCUUCGAGAUGCAGUUCGGGGUGAACCACCUGGGCCACUUCCUGCUCACCCACCUGCUGCUGGACCUCCUGAAACGCUCAACACCCAGCCGCAUCGUGGUGGUCUCCUCCAAACUCUACAAGCACGGCCACAUCGACUUCGAGGACCUGAACAGUGAGCAAAGCUACAACAAGGCCUUCGCUUACAGCCGCAGCAAACUGGCCAACCUGCUGUUCACCCUCGAGCUGGGUCACCCCCUGGAGGGCAGCGGGGUGACUGUGAACGCUCUGACCCCAGGCAUCGUGAGGACCAACCUGGGGAGGCACGUCCACAUCCCGCUGUUGGCGAAGCCGCUGUUUAACCUGCUCUCCCGGAGUCUGUUUAAAAGCCCUGAAGAAGGAGCGGCCACCUCAGUGUUUCUGGCCUGCAGCCCAGAUGUGGACGGUGUUCAGGGGAAGUGCUUUGCUGACUGUCAGCCUCAGGUUCUGCUGGACAAGGCCACAGACCGGGAGGUGGCCAGUAAACUGUGGGACAUUAGUGAGGUGAUGGUGGGCAUCACCACGUGAGAGCCUCAGGAAUGCUCAUCCAAAGACAAUUGUCUGAAAUCCUAACAAUAUGUGAAUAUUCAGUGCCUUUCAGUGUUGAAAUUAGUUUUAGGGUUGCACAAUGAAUACAUUGUAUUGAAAUCACAUUAUGGACUAGUGCAAUAUUCCAAUGUCAGGAAGCACAAUGUUUGUUAAAGGCUAAAUAUGUGUUAAAAUACCUACAGUACAUUCAGGUGUAAUACAUUUUGAACAGAUUUUCCUGGUUCAUUUCAAAUGUUUAAUCAUUAAGUUCAUUUCAUUUAAAUUAUGAAGAAACAUUAUUUUUGAUGCUUGGUUGUUAAUGAAGAAUAGAGAAGCACAUCCUUAAUGGUUAUGCCAUGAUAGUAAAUAAUGGAAAAAUUAUGAGUCUGUAGAACUUCUCUUCAAUGCGUGAUUUAAAUAAAUGUUUUAUCGCAGUCGGAUUCUCUGCAAAUGGUCUGCAAAGGCUAAAAUCCCAAACACCUCAAUUGGACUCCUCC